ACACAGGUGGAUGGAAGCUGUUAAUUAGUCCGACCUGACUGUCGCUCCUUUCUCCUCGCAGUAACUGCGUUUGUUUUCUUGACGAUGGUUGCUUUCAGAGGACUUUGCCACAGGUUCUCCCGCCUGGCAGUAAAUACCGCAAAAAAGCAAGUCCGGAAAUAUGACAAAUGGUGCACCACUGGAACCUUGGCGUAUUUCAAGAGCCAGGCAGUGUCAGACGGAGAGUUGAACAUGUCUGCACGAGGCUGUGGAGGCAGCAGCACCAGCCUUCCAGGAACACCAUGCGGAGAGGCCGGCCCAGCCAACAGCGUGAUGAGCUGGGCCGUCUCAUUCGAGAAGCUGCUGGAGGACCCCCGGGGUGUCCAACACUUCACGGCCUUUUUGAGGUCUGAGGUGAGUGAAGAGAACAUUUUAUUCUGGCAAGACUGUGAAAAGUUUCAGAAGCUGCCAUCCACCGCUUUAGAUAAGCUGAAGGCAGCAGCUCGAUCCAUCUAUGACACCUACCUGUCAGACAACGCUCCCCACUCAGUCAACAUUGAUGACACAGCCAAGACAGAGGAGAAGGACCUGGAGCAGCCCACCCCUGACAUGUUUAACAAGGCUCAAACACAGAUAUUUAAACUGAUGAAGAUGGACUCCUACAGGCGCUUUGUACGCUCUCCUCUUUACCAGAGCUGCACCCUGGCAAGUGUUGAUGGCAAACUUCUACCUCAACUCUGCAAUGAGCCAGUUCGCAUGGGAUCCUGGGAGGAAGUAACACCUAGAAGCCCCUCGAUUGCUGGCAAAAAGAUAAACAUGUCAGACUCAAGCAGUUUCUCAGGGGGGAAGAGUGCCUCAGAGAAACGGCACCAGAAAAGAGGAUCUUGGGGAGAUCCAUCCAACAUGCGUGGUUUAGUCCCCAGGACAGACUUCCAUCUGUCAGUCAAAUCAAACAGCAGUGUGGAGCUUAGCUCCCCCUACAGGCAGCUAGAGAAUGGCAGAUCGAGUCCCAGGUCUCUAGAGCAGGGUGGUGGAGGUGGAGGUGGGGGUCGGAUAGGUGUGGAGGGGGGCUACUGCUGUGUGUAUCUACCUGAUGGCAGUGCCUCUCUGGUCCCCACACCUAAUGGUCAACCUAUCAAAGAUAUGUUGGCCAGCCUAUGUGAGAAGAGAGGCUUCCCACUGAAAGAUGUCAUCAUUUACCUUCAAGGCAAGGACAAGCAGCGCUUAUUACUGGACCAGGACUGCUCCGUACUGAGGGAUAAACAAGUCACUCUAGAGCUCAGGGUGACGUUCGCACUGGAGAUUGCCUUCACUGGUAAGACAUUCCAGAUCCAGGUGAAAUCCAGUAAAUUGCUGCAGGAUGCUCUCUCAACGGUUCUGCAGAAACACCAACUCAAACUGCAAGACGUAAUGGUGACCAUGACUGGAAGUGAGGAGCCUGUAAACAUGAGCAGCUCUGUGUUUAGACUGGCCAACAAGACUCUGCGGCUUGAUAAAACCAAAGCAGGAAAAGACCGAAUCAGUGGUUCAGCUGCAGCCACACAGUGUGGAGCAGGGGGUGCUGGAGGUAUGGAGGCCCGGUCUUCACCGCAAAUGAACAGAGCAAAGAGUCACCCCAGACCCAGUAAGAACCGCGACAUGGAUGGGUUUCUGGACAUGCUGACGAGGGCUCAGGGCUGCAGGGUUGAUGACCAACGGGGCCUUUUGACCAAAGAGCAGCUGGAGAUCCCUCAGUUCCUGCAGGUUCCCUCAAAAGAGGGGCAGGACGCAGCAGCAGCAGAAGCAGACGAGCCAAGCACAACCAGCUCCACCUCUGCAGACUCCAAACUAGAAGAAAAAUUAACUUCUGGUGAAGCCACCUCUGAAUCUCCUGAUUCUGCUGUAUCGGAAACCAAAGACUUAAAGGAAACAGCAGUUUGAAAGACUUUUGUGGAAUUGAAUACAAACAUGACCAAAAGCUACUUCAAACAUCUCACAACAUCAUGGGACCAAUCAUGUCAGGAGAUAGGAACUUAUUUUGAGUGUAAAAUGGUCAAGCACUUUUUAAAAUACAUUACGAAUAAGCUUUGAGAUAGCAGUGUGUGACCAUACAAGAAACUAAUAAUUGGACCCUUGAGGAAAUAUAGAAGAAUUUCUGGUGUCAUUUCAAACACUACACAUCUGACUAAAAAAAGGUUUGCUAUGAAUUUUUUUGAUGGUCCAAAACUGUUUGAAAAGAAGUUUUAGCGCAAUAGUUCACCUUCAAGCCACUGUGUUUGCUUUAACGCUCCCUGGUCCAAACUUUUUUUAGUUCACGGAUAUUACAUUUCUCAUUAUCUCUCCUUUCUUUGAACUCUAACAUAUUUCUUCACAGGACUGUCCAUGGCAGUGUUCUGCGGUGUGUUGCACAUUUGUUUUGUAUUUGAAUUAACCUUAUUGAAUAUUUUUUACUGAGAUGUGUUUUUCCUAUUUUAAGUGACUACUUUUCAUUUUGUGUGCUUGGUUGAGAUUUUAAAGGAAUGUUUGUAUUUAAAAACUCAUUUGUUUGUUGUGAAGGAACUUAGAGAAAUGCUGGUCAAGUCCUGUUUACCUGUCAUAUCAGACUACAUCUCAGGGUCCAGAGCAUAAAAAAAGUAAUGUGAUCAAACAGGGGGUGAAUAAGACAAUGUGAGCAUGAAAUGUAUCCCACAGGGUAUCCCCAAAGAAUUAAAGUGUUUUGUGAUUAAUUGA